AAUUGUUGGCUUUUACCUGUUACUUCUAGACAUAUUCUCAAAGUGCGGUUGGAUUUUUCAAAGAGCGAUUAUGCUACUGCAAUAAAAUCUAGCUUUUUUUUUUAAAGUUUUUUUUUCUUUUCUUUCAUUUUUUCUUCUUUAAUAUUGCAAUAUUGAGUCAAACUGAGCCCGCGAACAUUCGCCUCCUUUCGCCGAAUAAAAGAUGUUAGAAGUCACGGACUCUGUGGUCGCGGUGCUAAUUAUUAGCCAUACGAUCGAUCGAUCGAUCGAUUUCCCUUUUGAGAAUCUCCCAUGCGCGCGCGCGCAUCCUGUCACAUCCACCGGUGUCCGCGCUCGCGCUCCAGCUCAGCCAGCUUUCCUCUCCUCUCCUCUCCCCUUCCUCCUCUCUCUCUCCUUCCCCCUCUCCUCUCCUCUUCCUCCUCUCUCUCCUUCGCCGCGCAGAGCUCGCCGCGCACAGGCACAACAGAUGGUACAGUACCACAGGCUGCAGGAGCGCGAGAAAUUGGCUCAGAAGUACUUUUAUACCUCCGAACUUCGUUGAGUCUCAGCGGAAGUGGCGGGAUUCUCCGUUGACAAAAGUCGACUUUCCGGACAGUCACUGGACCCCCCGCAUUUAGAGGCGCAGUUUCGCUGCCAAGGUCGGGCGUGGCCAUGCCAUUUGGCUGUUUAACGGUUGGGGAAAAGAAGGAAUACCACAAUCCUUCGGACGUGACGGAUAAAUAUGACCUGGGUCAGAUUGUUAAAUCGGAGGAGUUCUGUGAGAUCUUUAGGGCCAAGGACAAAGCCACCAUGAAAAUGUACACGUGUAAGAAAUUCCUGAAGAAAGACGGGAGGAAAGUCCGGAAGGCUGCCAAAAAUGAGAUCCUCAUCUUGAAGAUGGUGAAGCAUCCCAACAUCCUCCAGCUGGUUGACGUCUUCGAGACCAAAAAGGAGUACUUCCUCUUCCUGGAGCUCGCGACAGGCAGAGAGGUGUUCGACUGGAUCCUGGACCAGGGCUACUACUCGGAGCGGGACACCAGCAACGUGGUGCGGCAGGUCCUGGAGGCCGUGGCCUACCUGCACUCCCUGCACAUCGUUCACAGAAACCUGAAGUUGGAGAACUUGGUGUACUACAACCGUCUAAAGCACUCCAAAAUCGUCAUCAGUGACUUCCACCUUGCCAAGCUGGAGAACGGGCUGAUCAAAGACCCCUGUGGGACACCAGAGUACCUGGCCCCUGAAGUGGUUGGCAGACAGCGGUACGGCAGGCCUGUGGACUGCUGGGCCAUGGGUGUCAUCAUGUACAUACUCCUGUCAGGCAACCCUCCGUUCUACGACGAAAGCGAUGACGACGAUUACGAAAACCACGACAAGAACCUGUUCCGAAAAAUCCUGGCGGGCGAUUACGAGUUCGACUCUCCGUACUGGGAUGAAAUCUCCGAUUCAGCUAAGAACCUGGUUGCUCGUUUGAUGGAGGUGGAUCAAGACCAGAGGCUGACGGCCCAGGAGGCCAUAAACCAUGAAUGGAUCUCCGGUGGCGCAGCUUCAGAUAAGAACAUCAAGGAAAAUGUGUGUGCACAGAUAGAAAAGAACUUCGCCAGAGCUAAAUGGAAGAAAGCUGUGCGAGUCACCACCAUCAUGAAGAGACUAAGAGCGCCUGAGCAGAGCGUGUCGAAGCCCGCCGUCCCCGGAGCAGCUGCCGACCCCACGGCUCCCCAGGCCUCUGCCAACCCCUCAGCGCCUUCGUCUGCGGCCGGGCCCGACGGCGCUCCCGAUGCCGCCGGGGAGGAGAAGAGCCAACAGGCAGCGGCGGCGGCCCCGGCCGAGGAGGCGCAGGCGGCCGAGCCCAUGUCACGCUGCAACGGCGAAGCUUCCGCUGCGCUUCACACGGUGGGCGAGGCAAUGGAUGAGCAGGGUUAAAGCCCCGCCCACAUCCCCCCACGGUACCGGCCCUGUGUGAACUCUCCUCCUGCACACUGUACAUUAGCUGCUAGCAUGGUGACACUGACUCUGCUUCUUCCUCACUUGCAGCAUUAGCAUCAUCUCAUGAAGGCUGUGUGCUUCCUUCCCUGAGCGCUGCCUUUCUGUUUAUUCUAACCUGUAUAGCGCUUUCUUGUUAAAUAAACAAAUGUGUCUCAAACUUGAGCUUUAGAGAGUCAAACGAGUUCACCUGUCAAGCCGUUGGCUCACACCUAAAGCCUGCCAUUGCAAAUCGUAAUGAGAGUGUAAAUAAAUGAGUGACAUUGUAUUAAAACCGAUUUUGAUUAGCGCUUAAUAAGCCGACAAGGGGAAAAUUACAGAAAUGGUCCCCUGUAGGCCACCGUACUAAUCAACAAAACACAUGGAGGAAGGUACUGCGCCUGGAAAAACAUUCAUACCCUCGAACCGUUCCAGAUCCUCAUCAUCACAAACUGCAGUGGAUUUUAUUUGAUAAAUCAGAGUGAAACAGUGCAUAACUAAUACGGCAGGAAGUGAUUAUGGCUUUCAAAAUAUCUACAUCAAAAAUCUGAAAAAGCUCAGUCAGACUGACUGGUGAGCAUCUGUUAACAUUAAAUUCAGCUGAUUCUUAAUUGGAUUCAGGUUUGUACUUUGACUAGACCAUUCAAACACACGAAUACGCUUUGUUCUGAACUACUCUCUCGUAGCUAGGUCAUUUUUCUGCUGAAAGUUGAAUUUGGCUCCAGUUUUAAGUCUGAACUUUCUAUCGAUGAUGUAAUCUUUUCUGCUCCAUAAAAUCUCAAACAAAAUUCCAACUGAAUGAGUUUGUGUUUGUAUGGAGCUAAAUUGGGGCCAUAAAGUUGGUUUAAAAAAUAUAUAUAUAAUAACUGAAAUUGAUAGAUAAAAAUAUUUAAUCUGAAAUGUAGUUUUGAACUUUUUUGUCAGUUUCUAAAUUAUUUUUCAGCUUCAAAAUGAUUUAGGGAGUUUCAAAAUCUUGAAUCUUGGAAAGCAGUUUUGAAGACUUCUCAAUUUCAAAACUAUCAGUUUAAAAAUGAUUUUUGUCAUGUUCAAAACUUUGCUUUCAGCUUUCAAAACGAUUUUUUUCAAGUUGGGGGUGGGGAAAAAAAUCUAACAAACUUAAUGGUCACAAUUUAGCUCCCUACAUUUCGAGAAAAAACGAUCAAAGGGUGUGAAUAUUUCUUCAUGGCAUAAUGUGUGUUUUCUUUCCACAUGGGAAAUAAUUGUACCUGUCCAUUCCUUCAGCGUCUUGACUUCCUGUUAUUGUCCACUGAGCACCGGAAGCUCAGACUGGCGGCUGGGAGUUCUUAUACCCGGUCCUGUACCUUUGAACGAGGCAGCUUCACACAUAAGCACACAGACGCCAUGUUUCCUUUGCUACUUUGCUCAGGAAAGAAUCUCCUGGCUGUUAAAUGUAAAGAGCCUGUACAUAGAGACCUUUGUAGAAGUAGCUAAAAACAGCAUGCAUCGUUUCCCACUUCGUAGAGAGCUACGUUGGCCGCGAAAGCUUCAUCCAUAGAGCGCGCUGUGGCACAUUACCGCCCCCGUGUGGUCACAGCAGGACCAACACGGUUCUUGAUGCAUAGCAGUUCUUGAGCAUCGAAAUGAUCGGCAGCUGUUUGUUUUCCUCAACUCGCCAUAUCCCGACGCCUUCAAUAAGCCGAUGUCAGCCGCUGUUCUUCUGCUAGAUCUCCGCUUGCCUCGUUGCUUUUACUUGAUAUCCUGACAUUUGUGCUCUGAAAGCCGCACAUGUCUUAAUAUUUGGCUGAAACUGUAAAAUAAUUUCUAAAAAAAAAAAAAAAAAAAAAAAAA